CAAGCCCCAGUUUGCAGAAGAAAAAAGAUCCAGGUUAGGUGCAGUAAGUGCUUUCCCGGCUACCAGCUCUGAAGGGAGGGGCAGAAAUGGAGAUGAGAGUAUUAGAGGAUGCAAUGUGUCCAAGUGAGAUGCCCCUCUUUGCUUUUUCUAUUCAAGUCUGAUGUAUGGCAGUGCCUUUUACAUUCUGAAGUUGUCUAGUCAGUGUGGCUCUGGCAGACUGAGCUGCAGGGAGCUGCUCAGCCCUGGAUUCAGCACACAGGUCCUGUCAGCUCGGAGGGUUUUGUGGAUUUAAGAGUUUGUUGGAUGAGAGGCAGAUAUUACAAAACAGAGGAACUCCAUGUGCUUGGGAAAGCUUCAUCAGUGGCCAAAGUCCAGGAACAGAGCCCAGAGCAGACUAAAGGAGCAGACUGGACUGGCUACAGUGAGAAUUUGGAGCUUGUGGACUAGCGAUGGACAGCUGGACUCUCCAGGGGGACAGCUACUCCUUCCUGCGCAGUGCGCCCCGCACCUUUUCCCUGUGCCAUCGUGACGGCACCCCCAACCACGUUGAACUCUUCGACAUCAUCAACGUCCCUACUCAGCGCAGCGCCAUCUCUGAAACUACUUGCCUUUGUGACAUUUUUGGAGACGACGGUGAGUCGCCGUCCCUCUCGAGCAGCCCUGCUGUAGGGGCUUUUGUCCCUUCCCAGAGGGAAGUGGAAGGGACAGCUGCUGCAUCACCCCCGGUGGAUGAUCUGAACGACUCCUCAGGCUCUUACCACACUGCACACGGCUCCAGCGAAGGAGAGGAGGGCUUUGAAGAUUCAGGAGAAAGAGUUUACAGCCCUCCGCUGCAGAGCGAGCCUUCAGAGAGGAGGUUUUCAGAGGGCAAGUGGCUGAGCUCCGGACAUCCAGAGGUUUCUGAGAAUAGCAGCCCAGACUUAGAACCAGAAAGCAAAUCACCUAUACCUCAGCCUAGCAUUGCUAGCUCAUCAUCUCAAGUCCUGAACACUGAUGAGAGAACCCCCUCUCCUGGACAUAACAGCCCCUAUACCCUCAGUCCAGAGGGAAGACUGUCAUCCUUGUCCUCCUCCUCCGCUGAACAAAGACGUUCACUAUCAUCACCCGAUCCAAAACAAGCACAUUUAGAAGCUGAACCAAGGAGAAUAACUCCUUCAUUCUCAGAGAGACAUAGCAGUCACUCACAUCAGUCUGUAAGUCCCAGUCCCUCCCUUGAGCUUAGACACCGUGUCAGCUCAUCCUCCUCUGAAUCAGUGAACACCAAAUUUUUACCUGAGUCACAAACAGCACAGAACCUGCCUGAGCCAGGAGUCAAUCACGUAAAUCAAAACAUCAGUCCGUCACCUGAAACCUUUCCUCAGGAUUUUACAGAAUCAGCCUUUGAAUCCAGAACCAUCCUUUCAUCUCCUUUACAUUCACCCAGUGGUGCAGAGUCAUUUUCCCAGUCAAGAGAAACACCAGUCUCCCCUGAGCUCAGCUCCUCCUUCACCGACACUCAGGCAUCUUCUCCUUUCUCUGAGCUAAGAGGGAGGGUCUCUUUACCUGAUCUCUUUAGUAGAGGCUCCACACCUGAAAUAACAGAUUGUACAGACACCCCUGAGCUGAUUUCAGAUCUGUCCACUGCAAGAAGAGACACUGCAACUACUCCUGAGAGCCAAGAUACAAGGUUAUCACUUGAACCAGACAGUGCUGUUUCUUCACCUGCCCCACGAUACACACCUCCCUCACCUGUCAUCUCAACAGUAGCUUCUCCUGAAGUUGUGGAGAGCACUGUUUCACCUGAAUUAAGAAACACAGCUCUCUCACCUGGCCUGCUUUCUGCUGCCUGUCCAGCCAGAACUGGUUCAAGAACCCCCUCUCCUGACCCAUCAGCUAAAAUAAGACGCAAUUCAACAUUUUCUGAACCCAAGAGCCAGGUCCCUUCACCUGUAGUGACUUAUAGUUUAUCUCCAUCACCUGGAAUAAGGGACAACUACUCUCCCAUAGAGCACAGAUAUACUGCUCCAUCACCUGAAAUCAGGAUUAUAGCAUCCUCACCUGAAAUCAGCAGGAAAGAGCGAUCCUCUGAAGUGGAGACAACAUCAGCUUCUCCUUUCCUCGAGCCUCACUUUGAGUCUGUCUCAUCAAGGAGCCUCGCCUCCUCCCCUCAUAUCACAGAUAUUUCUUAUUCUGUCGUUCAGCCCGAGGACAGGAACUCUCCCCCAUUCCCUGAACUCUCUCAUCUCUCCAGCCCAGAGCCAGAUAGGACACGUAUGUCCUCUGAAGCGAGAAGCCUUACUCCAAGCAGAGAAAGUAUACAGAGCAGUAUAACAGAGUCCACUGGUACACCACGAGACUCACCUCACAUAUCAGGCUUUGCAAACUCUGUCCCAGUGUCGGAACUAACUCAACAAGCCAGGUACCAAACGCCUUCACCUCAGCCAGAUCAUCACACCCCCUCACCUGAGCCGAGAUAUCAAAGCCUGUCACCUGACAAAUAUCAAAGUCCUUCACCUCAGCACAGAGGUAGAGAUCUAUCACCUGUUGCCUCAGUUCCUGAGCAGAGGUAUCAGCAUUCACUAGCAACACUCUGCACAGAGUACAACCCUCAGUAUACACAGCCUGCUCCUCCUGAAAGAAUCACACCAGAGGUUGAAAGGGAUUCCUGUUCAGUUGACACUACAGCACCGUCUCCAACUCAUUGGCCAAAAGACGGUGUGUCACCCUCAUUCGAAUUAGACAGGAAAGACGAAUCACUUGUUGCCGAAAUCAAAAGCAUUUCACCAGCAGUGGCAGGUCAUUCACCUGUAUCUAAAUCGCUUGUCGUAACUGAGGAAAAGGUAGACAGUUCACUGAAACAUCAAAGCACAGAGAGAGAAGAAACACCGAAGGAAGUAAACCUUCAACAUAAAUUGAGUGUAGUUUCCUUCUCUGACGAAAGUCAAGACAUUACUCCCCCCUUUUGUCAGAGAGAAGACUAUUAUAAUAAUCCUGCCAUUGAAACCAAAUCUCUGUCUCCUAAUCUUAUAGCAUAUAAGGACAAGAGUCCAAACAUUUCACCUGUCAACAGGGCGACAUCCAACUCACCUGUGCAGACACUUCAAAACCCCCAACCUCAGUUCACCUCUUAUUCUCUCUCUUCUGAAAGCAGUAGCUCAUUAAAGUCAACUUGCACACCCGCAAACUCGAGAAGACAGCUGUUGAACAAAGUUAGAGGUGAAAACAGAGAGACGUUCACAGAGGACAUGUCCCGCCGCAUACACGGAAGGCGAACUCCGUCUCCGCCACUCACCAGGUUCACACCUGUCCACAUCAUCGCCCCGGAGAAGCCAUACAGACAGUGGCAAAACAGAAGCCGGAGCCCCUCUCAGGUUGUAGCAUCCUCACCGGGUGGUAAUCUAAAGAACGCAGUGACAAAUAGGGAAAGCCCCGACGUUGCCCCUGUUGACAAUAAUAGCCAGGCCCACUGGGUGAGGCGGGGAAGGCAACUGGAGAUGGAGAGGGAAAUGCAGCUGGAGCAGGAGAGAGAGGUAGGUAGGGGGAGGCAAAUGGACAGGGAGGUGGAAAGAGAGAGAAAGAGGGAGGAGCGGGAAAGGGGGGAGGGUUGGCAGGGGGACGCCAGUUACAGAGGGGAACAGGUUGAGCUGUCAUUCAGUGCCAGGAAUAGAAAAGGACCUGCGAGUCGCAGUGCAGCUUCCACAAGCAGAGAGACCUGUCAGGGAUUGCCAACGGUGCAUUCCUACUCAGAGAGUUUGCUCGCCGCAAGACAACUACAGCAACAACAGAGUCUGCUUAGGCUUGCUUCUCAACAAGAGGCCAGGGGUGGUAGCGCUGUCAGACGGCUUCAACCUCCAGUACCUCACAAGAAGAGCAGCGCUCCUGGACGCGUGGCCUCAAACAGGCCUGGCAGGAGUUCCAGCUCCAGUAUGGGAAGCGAACUUGAUGAGGCAGACAAUGAGGUGAAGUGGUUCACAGACUUGGCUUUCCAAAGCCUGUCCAGUCCUGAAGUAGAUUACCUGGACAUGUACAACUCCAGCCACCGCUCAUCUACAAACAUUUCUCAGCCAUCUACCCAGGAGAGCCCAGCGGGCAUCAAUGCUGCCUGGCUGGCGUACGCUGACUUCAGGGGCUCUGCACCAAAGUUGGACCACGAUGAGCUCUCCUUCCAGCACCCAUAUGCUUACUACUCAGAUGGCCUGGAUCCAUCUAGGCGCUAUGAGCUGGGCAGCUUUGAAUGUGUGGAUGUGGCUGUGGAAAGAGAGGACUCCAGGAAGGUGAGGAAAGGAGUGCCAAAGAGACAGAUCCAGCUGAAAAGAAAAAGCAACACUGAAGGGAAGCAGGAUGAGAGCAGCGAAAAUAGCAGUCCUGGACUACCAGCGAUGGGGGAAAGCCCCUCUCAGGAGAGUCCCUCCAGAGGGACUUUUUUGAGACAACACAGUACACCAGCAGCAAUGCAAGAUUGCUACCCUGCAGAGCGCAGCCUCGAGCCCAGUCAGCAAAAAGAAAGAAAAUCAAAACUCCAGAAAUCUGCUUCUAUGGAUGAGACAUGUACUAAAACCAAGAUGGCUACUUGCCUCAUUAAGAGUGUGCUGUCCAAGAAGAUGCAAGGUGCUGAUAAGCAGCCUGAGGAGCAAACAGGCGAAGAAGCAAGACCCUGUUUUGAGGACAACAGCCCACCAACAGAGAGUGCAGUGGCGCCACUUAAAGAGUCCCCAAAAUCUGAUGCACAUAGUCUGAGUACCAGUCUUCAGUCAGAUUAUAGUCUUUCAUCUGAGGGUCUGUCUCUGAGAGGGGAAGCAAGCACAAAGGAUGAAGCCAAACCACCCAAAAGCUUUGGAGGGAAAUCGAGUAACAGGCCCGGUUCAUCCAGCAGCAGCAGAAGUGUUAACUUUUCACUGACUGACAGCGAGGAGGCGGAUUCUCAAAGCAGGACUGCAACCUCAUUAAAAUCGGAAAUGAAAUCAGAAUUGAAAGUGCCAUUUGAUAGCAAACAGACUGGAGCACAGCGAGCAGAUGAAAGUAAAAGACAGGAAAGGGAGGCUGGUGACUCAUCAAAUGCCACUGCUGGGAACACAGGAACGCCUUCUGCCACUGGAGCCAACAACACACAGGUCAGGAUGACAAACAGAGACCAGGAAUGUGCAAACACAGAGGACCAUAAACAAGUGCAACAUGGUGACAAGGGCGCCUACAUGUCAAAAACACAGGAGAUUACACUGAAAGCUGCGGAGAAAAAGAAAGCUUCCCUAAACGUCUGUCUCACACCUGAGGCAGAAAACAAACCUGAAGCUUCAACAGAAAUGUCUCUCAGAGAAAAGGAGGAAAAGAUAGAAACCAGUGUAGCUGAGAAGACAGAGGAAGAAAGAAAUGAAAAUAAUAAAGUUAAGGCCCCCAUUCACAAAGUCAGAGAUGUGAGGAGGCUUGUGAAAAAUAAAUAUAAUCUGUCCUUCAAGGCAGCUAGUGCUGUAAUGCCAUCAAAUGUGAAUAAAGAAAGGAUGGACAGUUUUAAUGAGGAAAGGAGGGAGGAGGUCCUAACUGGAGAGGAGAGGGAUGUAAGGCACGAGAUAAAGAGGGAGGAGAAGAGGGAGGAAAGAGAAGAGGCAUUUUGGGUGGAGAGAAAAGAGGAGCAGAAAGAGGAAAUGAAAGAUUCAAAGAUGCAAACCUUAACUCCACCUCCUCAGAGCAAAGGAAAAUCUCCAUCUGGGCCUCAGCCAAUGCAAAUAGAAUACAAAGCUGUUUGCUGGAAAGAAGACAAAAAUAAAAUGUCAGACGUCAAGAAAGACUCAGAGAAGCCAGAUGACAUACCCCAGGCUUCUUCAAAGCCUGUCACUGAGCCAAGCAGGGAGUCUCUGGGUGUAAACACAGCAAAUUCCACAAAAGGAGAGACAGUAACUGUCAAGACCUGUGAACACGAUGUAAACAUCACAACAGAAACACAUGAGACUAUCACAGAAAUCCAUAAAGUGGCAGACAGUGAGGAGAAAGCUGCGCUGGUUAAAACAGACAGAAAACCUCCAAUGCUCGGAAGCCUCCCUAAAAUGCCCAGCAAGGAAAGAGAGGUGUCCACUGCUGUCGUGUUAAUAAGGGAGGGAUCGAGCAGGACCAAGACAUCUGUAUCUCCAGCCCAGGAAGAGAUUCAUUCUCCAAUCCAAGCUCCGGCUGCUUCGCUCUCACCUAGGCCUCCUGGGAGCGGUGGCCACUCAGUUUCCAUGUUGUUAAAGGAAAAAGGCUACCAAGCUGACAUUGGAUCAGUGGUAGGUGACAACCAGAACACAGCAGGAGGUAAAGGAGUUCCCCACAAGCAUGUAAACUGUCUGGAGAUCCCCCUUCAGACCAUCACCCCUCCAGAUGCAGGUCGGACCGAGUCUCAAAGAGAGAGGACGUUCUCCUCCUCAUCUGCCACCUCUGGCCCCUCAGCAAUGACUGACAACACGGACACCCUCACAAAGACAAGAGAAGAUGAAGGAGUCGACAUUAAACCUGCAGGAAAAGACACAGCAAAGCAAAAAAGCUUUUCUCCACUCAGGAAUACACAGGAGCAAACGCCACCUCUCACCAAACAGAAAGAGCUGGGAGAUUUUGAAGCAGUGAAACGAAUAGAUCCAACUUUCCCCCCGAGAUCCCCUGCAGUAAGGAGAUUCAAACCACAGCCAAUUGAGGUUAAAUCACUAUCUAAAGAACCGCAAAAACAAGAGAUAGCCACAAAGCCUGCAGCGACCAACAGGCCGCAAACAAUUGAAGUUAAAUCCAUUGCUAAAAAUUCUCAAAAGCCAGCUGUGCCUCCAAAACCAAGCUGCAAAUUUAAACCUGCAGAUUUAGGAGCAGACGCACAGCGAUCAUCAGCAACAACUGCAAAGCCACAAGGAGAGGAGAGGUCCCACACUAUUGUAGUGAGUUCACCAACAAUCUACAGGAAGAUUUCCAGUGAGUCUACAUUAGCAUCAAACUACUCUAGAAAACUAGCUGUAUCUGCAGUGUCCAGCCUCAAACCUCCACCAAACAAAACAACAGCAACCACCAUCUCCAGCCUCUCAAACCAGUCAACAGAGCAAUCAGAAACAGAGGCAACUAAUGACAGAACUCAGCAACAGCAACCUACUGCCUCUUCACAGAGCUCCAGAUAUGCGCAAAAACCUGUAACAGUCCCAACAUCAGCUCCUGGCUCAGGUGUAACUUCAGCUCCAGGUCCCGUUUCUGACCCAAAACCAAACCAGAUCCCUGGACCUGCCUCAGCCGGAGUCACCCAGACAAGCCAGCCAGCUGCUGUGGAUCCAGACAGCCAACAGGAGUGUCCCAGGCCGACAUACCUUCACGAACAAGCUAUGCCGGUGACUUCAAACAACACCAAACAACCCAUGGCUGUUUCCACAGCACAAGCACCAAGAUACUCACGCCAGCCCUGCCACAGAUCUCUCUCCAGCGAACGUUCCCAAAGGACAGAUGACCUGCAUUUCUACGCCUCGGACGACCCUCCAAGCUACGAUGAAAGAGAGAGCUUCAGCCCACUCCUGCUUCCAGAUUUGAUGCCCCUGAGGUCAAAUCACUAUCAGCCCACCUCCCGCCCUCCUCCCUGCUCCUGCACAGCUGGCUGCCCAUCUCAUCCCGGCCUCACCCCUCCUCACCGUCACCGCAGCCCCCAUAACCUCACCCCGCCUGCAGCUCCACACUCUCCGGGCCAAACGCUGCCUUAUGCAGUGCAGCAGCCCCCUCUCCGUCCCCACCAGUGCAGACCUGAACCUCAGCCAAUGAGCUACCAGCCCAGCUCCCCCAAAUCAAACACUCUCGGUCAAAGCCAGCCACCGAGCAUGUACCAGCCGCUCCACCAGUCUGCCCCCUGCCCUCCCCAUCCCUCCCUCAUGCAGGCCUGCUCUGCCGAUCGCCCACUGCAGCCACCCCAGCACAUUGACCCCCGACGGCCCCCUGUCCACAGAUCCCCCCACCAGCAGCCACCAGGCAUGGCCGGGGCUCCCUACAGCGAUCCUGCUCACAGCCACUCUCCUGGCCUUCCUCCCAUGGAUCCUCAGUACCUGUGUGGCCCUCAAGGCAUGGGACCUGCCUAUGGCUCUGAAUAUGGAGGUGAUAGCUCCAGUUUGUACUCAGAGAGCAGCUACGGUCAAACACCUCGCAGAGUGCUCAUGGAUCCUGAAACAGGGAAGUACUUUUACAUCGAGGUGCCUGUGCAGCCACUGAGAAAAAUGCUGUUUGACCCAGAGACUGGUCAGUAUGUGGAAGUGCUCAUCCCUCAGCAAGCGAUGUCACAUUCAGGCCUGUAUCCUCCAUCAGCGGCACCCUACCCUCCUCUCCACAACCCCAACAUGUACGCCCCUGCUCCACAGUACAUGCCCUAUGCUGCUCCUCCUCCCCCAGCCCACCCCCAGUCUCAGUCCCAGCCACCCCGGUAUCCGGAGGCCUCUGCUGCAGCAACGAUGCACCCGAGCGGGCCUGGGGUUAGCUACAGGAAUCCCGCUGGUCACGGGUCCAAGCCAGAGCCCCCAAACCACCCACCACUGGACCACAGCUACCUGGAGAGUAUAUAUUAUGUCCCUACAGGGAUGAAUGCGAGCCCCAAUCCCACCCCACCAGACUAUUACCACAAGCAUCCCCCUAACUUGCCCCCAACAGGGGGGAAAAGGUCCUGAAAUAGAGGGUAGAGGCCGCCUUCCUGGAGCCUGUUGGGUUUAAAAUACACAGUGUAUAAAGGGGGUGUGUAAUAUUAGCCUGUAAUGUUAUUUGAGUUUUCACAUCGCAACUGAAGACAGCAAUUCUUUGGUUGUUGUUUAUUUGCUGCUGACGUUCUGUGCUAAAGCUGCUUUGAGAAUGUAUGAUUCUUGUGUUAAUAGAAAGUAGGCCUUCAUAACAUUAUUACUAUUUUCAUCACCAUAUUUUUUAUAUAUAUAUAUGAUAAGAGAAUCAUAUUUUGAUGUCAUCAGUAAUGCACAGGCACUAUGAAUCAGUACGUUUACUGAUUUUCUGAUGUGUGUACCUUCUCAACAAAUAUCUAAAAAAAAACAACUUGAAAAUACCGUUUUAAAAGAACCUCAUAUUUAUUUUAUUGUCGUGUUUCUCUAAUACUGGAUGAGUGAGUUUGAGCACGUGAUGUCUGCAACACAAUGCAAAAGUGCUAAUAAAAUUUCACACAUGCA